AUGCAUAACAUUAUUCAUAUCGAUGAAAAAUGGUUCUACAUGUCAAAGAAGUCUGAAAACUAUUACUUGCUACCAGAUGAGGAAGAGCCAUUACGCACUUGUCAAAGUAAAAAUUUCAUUCCAAAAGUCAUGUUCUUAGCUGCUAUAAGUCGUCCAAGAUUUGAUACACAAAGGACUGAAAUCUUCUCUGGAAAAAUUGGUAUCUUCCCAUACGUCACUCAAGAGCCAGCAAAAAGAACUAGUGUUAAUAGAUCUGCAGGUACAUUAGAAACAAAACCAAUAACUUUGAUAAAUAAAGAAGUUAUAAAAUCGUUUCUAAUUGAAAAGGUGUUACCUGCCAUCAAAGCAAAGUGGCCAAGAAAUUAUCUAAGGCAGCCAAUAUUUAUUCAACAAGAAAAUGCAAGAACUCACAUUGGCAUUGAUGAUGCUGAUUUUUGUCGAGCAGCUACAGAAGAUGGGUUUGAUAUUCGUUUGAUGUAUCAACCAGCAAAUUCUCCGGAUUUAAAUGUCUUAGAUCUUGGGUUCUUUCGUGCAAUUCAGUCAUUACAACACAAGGAAGCACCUACAACAGUUGAUGAACUUGUUAAUGCUAUUGUGAAGUCAUUUGAAGCUUUCUCCACUGUGGAAUCUGAUAAAAUAUUCUUAACACUUCAAACAUGCAUGAUAGAAAUCAUGAAGGCAAAAGGUUCCAACAAAUAUAAGAUCCCAUAUAGUAAGAAAGCAGUGCUAGAAAGAUGUGGCCGACUCCCUACUCGGAUGAAAUGUAAUCCCACAUUAGUGCAAGAAGUUCUUGAUUAUUUAAGUUUUUGA